AGUCUUUUAUGGAAAGGUAGUGAAGCGUGCCUCUGUUAUAUAGGGUGUUCACUCAAUCACGAGUACCAGUGCUGCGGUUACUGUGAAUCUGAAUAUGUGUUGGAAAUUAUAUGUGUUUGCCAUUACCUCGUUAUUUCUGUACUGUAACGCUCUGAAUUGUCGGUCCGAUGGAGGGCCGAAAGAAGAUGAAUUGAAAACAAUCUACAAGAAUUGUUUGAAGAGACAAGAGGGCAGGAACUCCAGUGAUUCCCGAAGAUAUUCAAAUGACCAGGAUUGGAAUGAAGCCCGGGGUUACGGCCAGAGAAAUUGGGAUAGAGAUAGUAGGAGUAACAGCGAUAACAACAGAGAUGAUCGGAUGGGUGAUAGAAACGAUCGGUACGGGAGUGACAGGACGGGAAGCAGAGACAGGAUGGGAAGUAGAGACGAUAUAAUGAGUAGAGAUGACCGAAUAGGAAGUAGUCGCGAUAGAUCAAAUAGUAGAGACGAUAGAUAUGGCAGUAGAGAUGAUAGGGGCAAUAAUGGUAUGGGAGGUAGGAACAGGAUGGGAUAUCAGGAUGACGAAGUAGACCGAUAUCGUUUGUCGGGUAGAGACGACUUUUCAAGUGACGAUUAUGGAAGUGAUCUAUCCCGUCAAAAUAACUACUACUCCUCGACACAGUCACCUCGUCGCUUCAGGAGGGAGAGACACAAGGAGAUCAACUCAGGUCAUCGCAGUCAAUAUAACCCAAACGCAAAGAAACCAUCAGAAUACGACGAUAACUAUCGAAACGACGACCGGAACUCUAGCAGAAACUCCAGUAAAGACGAGGAAGCUAAAGCUUGUGCCUUACAUUGCUUCCUUGAAAAUUUGGAAAUGAUAGGCGACAAUGGAAUGCCUGAUAAGUACUUGGUGACGCACGUUCUUACAAAAGACGUGAAAAACGAAGACUUGAGAGAUUUCUUGCAGGAAUCCAUUGAGGAGUGUUUCCAAAUACUCGACAAUGAAAACACUGAAGAUAAAUGUGAAUUUGCGAAGAAUCUAAUGUUGUGUUUGUCAGAGAAAGGUCGAAGCAACUGUGAUGACUGGAAAGACGACUUAAAGAUUUAAUUUUCUUCUUAGCUAUGUUUAAAAUUUGAUACCAAUUAUACGUGUGUAUUAAUGAA